ACAGUGUGCCAAGCUAACGACCGCAGGCAGAGGAACAUUCAGAUAAACGCUACGCAACGCACAGCGACAGAGGAGGCGGGUCCGAGCUCACCCAGCGUGCAGAAAUCCGGGGACCCGCGCAGCGACAGCGGCGUGGAGACUCUCGUCCCCUGGCUCCAAAGCAGAGAUGCCUUUCCUUUCUGCACGGAGAGCAGAGCAUGCGUUUGGAGACUAAUUAAAUACGACAGUGGUCCUCUCACUCGAGCGUGCUCCUCUCGGAGUCCCUGAGGCUGUGGUCGUGGUCGUAGUCAUGGCGGCCGCGAGCUGGCCUGACAAGGCUCACAGGUCCCGAGGGCGAGCACCACGGAGGACUCCUUUCACCACUGACCCCCAGGCCCAGGCCUUCGCCUCCCUGAGCUCUGAAGGCUAGAAAGCCCACUGAGAAACCAGUUACCUACCUCAGAGCCAAGAGGAGGGGCCAGGUGACGUGUUGCCGCUUUGCACAGGCGCAGAGUCACACUUCCGCUUCCGGUUCCGGCGUGCCUUGGGGAGGGGGUGGUCCCCUGGUUGCUGGGUCUUCGACUAGGUUGGCGGUAACCACGCAGAGAAAGACUCCUGAAUUUAUCAGUGGAUGAAAAAUACUAGCUUCCCCAGGGGUUGAGAAUAGAAAACAACCAGGUCAUUUGGAAGAGCAGAUGAAGGUGACGGGCAAUUUCAUAGAGUUACAUGGAACCGGAGAAUCAGACAGCUGUUUCAAAUUUCCUUCUUCUGGGACUUUCAGAAGAGAAGGGCCUGCAGCCCCUUCUGUGUGGCCUGUUCCUGGCCAUGUACCUGGUCUGUGUUACAGGAAACCUGCUCAUCAUCCUGGCCGUCAGCUCUGACUCCCGCCUCCACACCCCCAUGUACUUCUUCCUCUCCAACCUGUCCUUUGUGGACAUCUGCUUCACCUCCACCACGGUCCCAAACAUGCUGGUGAACAUCCAGGCACAGAAUAAAGCCAUUACCUAUGAAGGCUGCUUUACACAGAUGUACUUUUUCAUGAUUUUUUCUGGGCUGGAUAGUUUGCUACUGACUGUGAUGGCCUACGACCGGCUUGUGGCGAUCUGUCACCCGCUGCGCUACAUGGUCAUCAUGAACCCGCGGUUUUGUGGCCUUCUACUUCUGCUUUCUUGGCUGAUCUGCCUGACAUAUUCUUUGUUGCAAAGUUUGAUGGCUUUGAGAGUAUCCUUCUGCAAAGAAACUGAAAUCCCCCACUUCUUCUGUGAACUGGCUCAGAUCCUCAAGCUCGCCUGCUCAGACACCUUUGCCAAUGAUCUUCUGCUAUACUGUGUAACUGGCCUACUGGGUAUUAUCCCGCUGUCUGGGAUUCUUUAUUCUUAUUCUAGAAUUGUUACCUCUAUCAUGAGAAUCUCAUCUCCUGGAGGGAAAUGCAAAGCCUUCUCCACCUGUGGGUCUCACCUCUCAGUUGUCUCCUUGUUCUAUGGCACAGGCCUUGGGGUUUACCUUACUUCUGGAACAGCCCAUGCCUCCAGAGAGGGCUCAGUAGCCUCAGUAAUGUACACUGUAGUCGCCCCCAUGCUGAACCCCUUCAUCUAUAGCCUUAGGAACAAGGAGUUGAAGGGGGCUCUGAGGAGACUUUUUCAGUACAGGAGUUUGUUCUCAGUGAGAUAAUGGAAAUUAAGGACAAACAAAAGAAAUCCAGACUUCUGAUGACUACUUUAUUUCUGCACUAAAUUCCUUUGUAAUCUGAAGACAAAAAAAGAAAUACCAUUCAUGAAACAACUAGAAGAAACUAUCCUGGAACUGAACAUAAACAAGUAACAUAUCGAAAGGCUCAUUAGCACCUGGAGGGUGUCACUCAGUGGUAGAGUGUUUGCCUAGCUCGUGCAAGGCCCUGAGUUCAAUUCCCAGCAGCACACACACAAAAAAAAUUUAAAGGUUCACCACCUACUAAGGAAAAUAAUAUCCAAGCAGUACCUAGACUUUGAAAAAUAGACUAUUUGAAAGAUAGACUCUUACAACCAUCAAGGGAAGAGAAAACAAAUCAAAGACUAUAACAAGGGAGAAGCUAGGACAAGAGUAACAUGUAUUUGCACAUUGCUGCCUCUUGGUUAUGUUCUAAACUUUUCCUGGUCUCCAUAUAGGAAGUAUGUUACCUGGACUGUCUUAGAUUGACUUCCCUCUUUCCCUGUAAAAUUUUACUUAUGAAUUUUGCUUUGGUGUUUGUUAUAGGUCUGGAAGUGUAACUCAGUGGUAGAGUCCUUGGCUAGCAUGUACAAGACCCUAGGUUGGAUACACAGAACCACAUAAAAUAGACAGAUAGAUAGAUAGAUAGAUAGAUAGAUAAAUGGGUGCUUUCAUUAAAAAAAUCUUCCUCAGGAAACCCACUUUAGU